CCGAUAGAAUCCUCGACAAAGAGCUCGCAGCGACGCUGACGAGAUUCAUUUCGCCAGAUCGUGCGGGCGUAAUUUUCUUUAAACAGCGAAGAGCGCAACGCAUUCAGAGAAUGACCUCUAGAGUAGACAUGCUUUUGAGGUCAUGGAGCUGGUCACGUGCUCCCGCUCUGUUCAAGGUAGUUCUGCUACUAGCGAUAAGCGUAGAAACAGGACUCAUUCACAAUGUUCAAGGCAAAAAUUACACCGUAGGGGCCGAUUAUGUGAAUGUCGUAGGCAACGCUAGUUGGACGAACACAAUUAACGGAUUGUCGCAACCUGCUGCUCUGGAGGCCGCUUAUCAGAAGUGGGCCGAUUCGGUGAAUUUUACAGUGGGCGACACAAUAAAUUUUGACUACGAGAGAGGACAACACACUGUGUACCUCGUCGAUACCAAGUCAGCUUACACGAGCUGCGCUCUCACUGCCGGUUCAGGACAAACCCUCCCGUAUGGAACCCCGACAACUUACACCAUCAAAGACACCGACGUCGUACUGUACUUCACCUGCACCGUUUCUGGGCAUUGUCGGGCAGGACAGAAAGUGAAGAUCGUACCAUUUGGAGUCACAGUCUCUCCCACCCCAGCUCCUCUACCACCUAAUAACGUUCCGGAUUCGGCUCACGCAUCCAGCCCAAGCAUGGGGACGAUUGCAAUGCUCCUCCUCGUGCUUCUUUCCAUAUUUCAAGCUCAAAGCUACGGUAGCAAGUCGCCUGUAACUUUGUAAAACACGACCUAGCGAAAUCUGCAGGCAUUCAUCCUUGUAGAUCACGGUGAGGUGGCGAGGUUGGAGAAUCGAGCGAUGCGUAAUUGCUGUCGGUGGCUAAACAGCAACAAAGGCCUCCGGUGAAACAACAAAAAACUGAUCGCUAUAGAUCCAUUCUUCCUUCCAAGCUCGUGUACAGAAAUGGUGAUGGGCAUGAUGGAGCUACGAUACACAUUUUGCACCGUUUUUCUGUGGAAUUCACAAAGCUAUUUGAAGUACUUCAGAGACUGAAACCAGGUUUUGCAGAGAGUCUUGAAUUCGAAGGCCACCGACGCUUAUAUGAAGUAGGUUCGGCGGAGCUUUCUAGGAUGGAGUUUCAAAUUUGUUGAGCUCCAAUUUAUGACUUUGUUGAGCAUUUUUUCUCGCAAUUGCGAUGAGUGGGCACGCCUGAUUUGCGACAAAAGUUUGCACUUUGGUA